UCGUGACGUAACGCCUAAGACUUGAGUAGUAAACAAGUAUCACAAGCAAAACGAAUUUGUUUAAAAGCAACUGAAUAUUUACUUUAUAUUUGAGUUUUAAACGUAUUACUUCAAAAUGGCUUCAACAUCUGCAUCUAUAAAGGAUCGUCUUCAGAAAUUUAAGGAUUUACAGUUUCGAAGAAAAGAAUCUCGCAAACUUAACUACGAAGAAGUUGUUGAAGAAGAUCGACGUUUAAAACUACCUCCCAAUUAUGAAUCGAAAAACAAAUGGGCGCAAUACAUUAUCGAAGAAGACGAAAAAAAGCAAAUUGCAGCUGCUAAAGGAGAAGAUUAUAAUCGCACGAAACUUUUAGACAUCACUGCUGAAGAUGCAGCCAAGUGGGAAAGAAUGAAGAAAAAAAAGAAUCCAGAUCCCGGAUUCUCAAACUUUGAAGAUGCUGCUGAACGUCAGUAUGAAAGGUUGACUAAAAAACUUAAGCCGGACAUGGAAGUAUAUCAAAGAGAGAAAGAAAAAUUAGGGGAAGCGUUUUAUCCCACAAAGGACACUAUAAUUCUAGGAUUGCACCAAGACAGUAAAGAAAGUAUUGAUAAAAUGGUGGACGAUCUUGAAAAACAAAUUGAUAAGCAUUCAAAGUUCAGUCGAAGAAGGCGAUUUAAUGAUGAUGCUGAUAUCAAUUACAUCAAUGAAAGAAAUAUGAGAUUUAACAAGAAACUGGAGAGAUUCUACGGAAAAUAUACAGCUGAGAUUAAACAAAACCUUGAGAGAGGUACUGCUGUAUAAAGCAGAUUACUGUGGCUGAAACCUUCACUUUUAAAUAUUUUGUUUAUGUCGUCCAGAACUCCAAAUAUAUCUUUUGUACCGAUUAGUAGCUUAGUGAAAAAAUUUCUCUAACACCUACAAGCCCUGAAUACUUAUGUAAGUUUUUCAUACACAAUAAUGAUCAUAUGUUAUGUAUAUAUGUUUCACAAUUCAGAGUCCAUAUUCAUUGUUUGUACUGCCAUUUUGAUGUUAUCAUUAAAAUCAG